UUUUAUUCAAAUUAAGUAUAACAAAACAUUUGAAAAUGAGCAAAUUAUACAGGGAAACAACUCCUGUAACUCAAGUUUGGUUUUUCCAUUCUGCUUUAUCAGCAGAAUGGAAAAAAAGCCUAACUUAGAUUUUGCCCUUUUAUAUCCUAAAACCACACCUUUUUAGCUCCAUCAGGUGCGCUUAAAGUCUAAGAUUUCAGUUUCUUGCAUCAACCCCCACACCACAGCAUGCUCAUAUAAGGUAACAAAAGUACACAGAUCAGCAUACAUCAAACACUACACAAAUAAUAAAAACUAAGUUAUUAACUAUUGGCGGUCUAGAUUUAGACAUAAGUAUUUCUAAAUCUCUGUUAGCUGUCACAAAUCACAAAGGUUACCAAUGAAAACAAGUUCCUUCACACGAAAGCAAAUGCCUCUUUUUGUUACAUCAUGUGUCACUGCACACACUAGCUUGUUUAGUAAUCAAUAGGAACUUACUAAUUUAUUCUGUUAUACAGAAACUUAGACAGAAAGAUUUUUCUUCAGACAUAUUUUCUUUUAUACAGUGAGAUGAAGUAAGGACUGACAAUGACAUCAGCACAAUUUUUGAUUUUGUUAAUUGCUGUUUGUGCAAUACAGCUUCAUGCUUUAAGAGAGUGUUCUUUUCAAUCCUCCUAAAGGUGAGGAGUUUGAGACCUGAAACCCUUUAAUGUCCUUUUUUAUACACUCAGAACAGAUAAUACUAUAAUAACGGGUUCUGGGCUUAUUAAGAGGAAAAGAGGGUUGCUCUAAAGCACCACCUUGUGGAUAAACUUUUGAAUAAAUUAGUGACCUAUAAACUUGCAUUGUUGGGGUUUCUGUGGUUUUGCCUUUUUUGUGUUGUUUUAUACCUGUGGUCGGAAUAUUCAUCUAUUUGUUUAUUAAUUUUUGAUAAAAUAAGCAACCAUAAGCUAAAGUUAAACAAGAAAAUAAAGCAUUGUAGAAGUUUAAAAUGCAGGCAAUAAAAUAUAUAAUUAACGAGACAGUUUUGCAUGCAGCGCAAAGUAACUUUGUAGUACUCUAUGUGUGGAAAGAGCUUUAACAGGAAAUAGAACUUGUCUGACACCUUACCUAGAAUUCUCCCAGAUGUUAUAGAGGUUGCUGUUGGGGGUCUGCAAGCCAUUUACACUUCAUCCUUUCGCUCUCCGCCACUAUGAUACACACGUGGACCAUAAUUUAUCUCCUGUUCGUCCACCUCACUGGCACGUCAGCAACUUCAAGCAGCAUAGUUGGAGGCAAAGUUUCCAAGCCCCAUUCGAAACCCUACAUGGCAUCCCUGCAGUACCAGGGCAUACAUUCAUGUGGAGGCAUACUUAUCCGGAAGGAUUUUGUUCUUACAGCAGCGCACUGCCAAUUUCCAGGCAACAUGGUGGUGGUGCUUGGAGCACAUAACAUUGGCAAGGAGGAGAAAAGUCAACAAAGGAUCAAAGUAGCAAAGUUCUUUCCACAUAUGAAUUACGCUGGAAAAUUUGAUUUCGACAUCAUGCUACUUAAGCUAGUAAAUAAUGCCACAAAGAAUAAGUAUGUGAAGCCAUUUGAGAUACCCAAGAAAGAUAAAAAAGUCUCUGACAAGAUUAGUUGUCUUGUUGCUGGAUGGGGAAAAACUGGACCAAAUGAGCCUGGAUCAAACGUUCUGAGAGAAGGGGAAGAAAAGACCCAGUCCAUCGCUGAAUGUAAAAAAACCUGGGGAGAGCAUUUCAAUUCAGAGCAUAUGAUUUGCACCACAUUUAACAAGAAGAAGGGAGGAAUAUGCCAGGGGGAUUCUGGUGGACCUCUCAUUUGCAAAAAAAAGCUGCAAGGCAUAACUGCUUUCACGGCCGACAAUGCAUGUGAUAAUACAGCAUAUCCUCAUGUGUUCACAAAAGUCAAUUAUUUUCUACCGUGGAUCAACCAGAUUAUGCGGACGAAUUACUAAUAUUAAGAAUGUUUUUAUUUUUCAUAAAAAUAAGGAAGUAUUUUUAAUAAAGUGUGAAA